AUGGCAAGUUACAUGAACUACAUAACGACAUUGGAAGAGAUCGAUAGGCUGGCAGAACAAGCAAAACCGGAAGGAAAUCGACCGAACCGAAUCAUCAGGACUUCAGCAUCAAAUCGAAGUGUGAAAACAAGUAAUUCUAGACGAUCAACAAGUUCAAACAAGAGGAAUAUUGGUUUUAAAAUUGAUUAUGUGCCUACGGAAAGGUGUGAUGAUCCUACUUGUGCUAUUUGCAGUGGUAAGAUCGCAUUUUGUUACCUAAUUUUAUAUUUUCAUUAGAUUUGUUGUAGUGAAUAUAAGGGGAAAUGAUAUUUUGUGUUUAUUAUAACUAGUUUUUCUUAUAGAGGAUGCUUUUAGUACGUUAAGAUUUGGCAAUCUAAUUAUUUUGUUGCCUAUAACAAUAAUUUUUAUAAUUCACUUAAUUUUUCAUUUAUGAACUGCGUAUUUUACAACAACCUCAUUACAGGUCCCCCAUCAACAUCCGCGUCAGAACGCCCAGAAACCUCUCACAUCCACCUCCGUGACAUUGGCCUUGACGAAAACGUGUAUCCCUUUUCAAAACGACUAGCUCAACUCGAUUCCACUAUCAAUAUGUUGACUCAGAUCCUAGAUCAACGGCUGAGAGACGAAAGGUAUCGUGAUGCACAAGAUUUGAGUGAGAUCUUGAGGGAAUUAGUGGGGAAGCGACAGAAAUGUCAGCAACUUUUGGAUGAGAGGAGAGGAAAGUUGGGGGAUUUGUUGGAAGCCCAGAGGCUAAAGAAUGAGUAUGACACUUUGAUCUGGAAUGCUGUGGAUAUUAAUAGGUUGAGGAGACAUUUAACUGUCGCUCAACUGGUCGAUUUGGAACGAUUGAGACGGUUUUAA